AUGUCGAAGCCGUUGAUGGGCCGCACGUUCUGCUGCACGGGGCUCCAGGGGCUGGAACGCCACGAGAUCGCAGAGAAGAUCUUGGCCUUGGGCGGCACCCACCAGAGCGACCUCAUGAGUCUGGUCCAGUAUUUAAUUGUGGGCUCCAGAUCAACAGAGAAGUACAAGUACUCAAUCAAGUACCGGCACGACAUUGUGUUUUUGGCACCAACCGCCAUCAAGAAGAUCCACGAGAGAUGGACUGCGGGCGACGACACGGGGCUCGAUCCAAACGAGUACCAGUUGCCUGUGUUUCUGCUGUUCAAUGUGUGUGUUGCACGAAUAGACAGGCCUGCUGUGGAAGUGGUGCUGAAGUUGUUUGCUGAGAGGUUCAGAACGCCUGUGGCCGGGGCAAUGCCUCGAGAUCUGCUCACUGACGCGUUUCUGGCGGACGAGGUGUCUGUUUGCAUGGAAAAGAAGGGUGCUACGGUCAGCACGACGCUAACUCCCAGCAGCGAUGUGGUGGUGAGCACAGAGACUCUGGGGAAGCGCUUUACGAUGGCCAAGCAGUGGGGGAUUUCCGUGGUACACCCGCUUUGGGUGUACGACUCGUGCUUGAGAGGUGCUGCUUUGGACCUCGACGACUAUGUGCUCACCGCUGAUGGGAACAAUCUCUACAACAACGCGUCUUUUGUGUGGAAGAAGCUAUACGUUGCUCGUAUUGGGCUGUCAAAGCCUCAGUCUGCGCCAGGGGUGAACAUGGACGCGGAAAGGGCGCCCUUGAAGAAGUCGUCGGAAGUGUGGAGCUCAAUCAUGAACAAUGCACGGUCCAAGGCGGCGAAAACGAUCAAGGAGAGUAUCUGGGACGAGCCUGCUGAGGAGAAGGAAACAACAAUCACAACUACGGAGCUGGCGCCCAGGUCGCCGGCGGCCAAGAAAAGCUCGCUUUUUGUGGGCUUCAAGUUUUUACCGGUAGGUUUCUCGAUUCCUCAGCAGAAAGUGUUGAGGACGGUAGUGGAGUCGCAUAACGGAGAAGUGGCUGGCUCUGCUGACGACGAAACAAUCACACAUGUGCUUCUUUUGGUGAAGAGCGGGCCUCAGGCCAAUUUGGUUCUUCUGAUGCUCCCAAGCGGGAUGAAGCGUCGAAUCAACAGUAAGGAUGUCCAUGUUGUCACCGACUGGUUCAUUGAACGGUCAAUCUACUAUAAACAGAUUCGUCAUGACAGCUGGUGCAAACCCUUGCAAGGGUUGGUGCCGCUGCCGAAGAAAUUUAAAGUUUGCAUCACGGGCUUCACGGGAGUGGAGCUACUACACAUUGAAAAACUCAUUGAGUAUCUAAAUCUUGAGUUUUGCGAGACCCUUGCAUCGAAGCGAGACUUGCUUAUCGUUAAUAUUAAUUUAUUCAAAGACAGACUCUUAGGGAAGAGUCCGACGUUGUUCAAAUACAAGCACAAAGACGUGCUCAACUGCCCGAUUUACUCCACGGGCGACGGUCUGUCGUCAGUGUCUGUGCUUUCCUCCCAGAACAAGAUGAAUGCUGCCAAAAAAUGGAACAUUCCCAUCGUAUCAAUCGCUUACCUCUGGGAGAUGAUCCAAACGCUGGCUGGCAAGGCCAAUUUGCAAAUGCCAGACAUAUUUGAUCAUCAUUGGUGUAUCUAUGCGCCUCGGAGCUUGGCAAAACCCACCACGCUUCUUGACUACGUUAGGAGUAUCAACAACGACUUUCAAACGCAACGACGCUCUGUGGAAGAAAGUGAGGAGGCUAGCGAGUCUGUGCAGCUUCCAUCACCACGAAAAGUCAGAGAGAAGCAGAAGUUUGGUCGCUUAGCCGGUGGCGGCGAAUCGCUCACAGAAAAGCUCAAGCGGGCUCGAGAUGGUGGUGAGGAUGACGGUGAGGAUGUCCGCUCGGAGGACCGGCCGCCCGAGAGCGACGAUAUCAUGACACAAGUUGGGUAUGUGAACCAAGACUCAGUACAGAACAGUGAAGAGCUCAUGAAGAAGCUCGGAGAGGAUAUCGACCGUCCAGCCAAGCGGACAAGGCGAGCAGCCAACAAGUAG